GUGACGAAAGGGUUGGUACCGAGUGUUGGAGCGUGAAAGUUUAUUUCUCGUGUACAUCGGUGUGGUGAUAACAUCCCAAGCGAGGUGGCCAUGUGAAGCUAGACCAUCGUCGUGCGGCUCGUUCAGUAGAAUAUUAAACUUUGGCCUUUUUCAGAGGCCUUGACAGGAGCAAGUUUACUCCCAACUCAUAACCACUCGGAGCCAGGAAUCGAAAGAACAAUUAUCAUUCGCUCGAGCAUCCGACGAUCUCAGUAGCUUCGUGCCAUGACACGGGCCUCGAACAGAUGGGAAUAAAAUCGACUAUCAACUAGCCAAAGGCAUGGAACAUAUCCAUGGAGUACCGGAUGGGAAUACAAACAUAAGUGAUGUCCUUGAAGUCAUCCAGACAACGGAUCCUGAGUUUGCUGAGUGCAACGGUGACGAACGAGGGCCACUUACCAUGUUCUCGGGGGGUGGAGUUGAGACAGUGGGCACGGGCGGUGUUGGGCCAGGAAACAUGAAGAGGGUAGCCUAUGUCAAAAUUCUGGAACAACCUGCCAGUAAAGCCCUCCGUUUUCGUUAUGAAUGUGAGGGUCGAUCUGCCGGUAGUAUACCAGGUGUAAAUAGCACACCUGAGAACAAAACGUUUCCAAGCAUACGAAUAGAAGGGUACAAGGGCAGAGCGGUGGUCGUAGUGUCAUGUGUCACUAAGGAUCCACCAUAUAAGCCUCAUCCGCACAACUUGGUUGGUAAAGAAGCAUGCAGAAGAGGCGUUUGCACAGUUGAAAUAGCUACGGAAAGCAUGACGGUAACUUUUGCCAACCUAGGAAUCCAAUGUGUCAAGAAAAAAGAUAUCGAGGAUGCCCUGAGAGUUAGAGAAGAAAUUCGUGUCGACCCUUACAGAACGGGGUUUGCGCAUCGGGCUCAGCCCACGAGCAUCGACUUGAAUGCAGUAAGGCUGUGUUUUCAAGUAUUCUUAGAAGGGGCUGAGAAAGGAAAAUUUACCGUUCCAUUAGCCCCUGUUGUGUCCGAUCCCAUUUAUGAUAAAAAGGCAAUGUCAGAUUUGGUAAUCUGUAAAUUGAGUGAUUGCUGCUGCACAGUAGCAGGUGGCAAGGAAAUGAUUCUCUUGUGCGAAAAAGUAGCCAAAGAAGAUAUACAAAUUAGAUUUUUUGAGGAACGCGAUGGUCAAUUCGUCUGGGAAGGUUUCGCAGAUUUCCAACCUACGCACGUUCACAAGCAGGUGGCGAUAUCAUUCAGAACCCCCCGCUACCGAGUUUUGGAAGUGGAUCAGCCAGUAAAGGUGUUCAUCCAGCUACGCAGGCCGUCGGACGGUGCAACGAGUGACCCCCUUCCCUUUGAAUUUCUCCCCUUGGAUUCAGGUAGGCCUGCAUUCUGGUCACUACGUAAAGCCUUUACAAGGAAGAAGGCUGACUACAAUACAUUUGAUAAGAUUUUAGCCACUGAGGCGUCCCUUCUCUCGAACGCUACUCCAAAAAUAACACGAACUAUUGACGAGUUCAAUAACAAUGACCUUGAGUUCAAAAAGUCGCAUAAUAAAUUGGCCACCUUACGAGCUUUAAACGAUCUUUAUAACAUUAAGAGUAACCAAGAGUCGCGUAGUAGAGAUAACGCUCUUGUCAGAGAUGACAAGUCUGUAAACGAUUGUUACUCUGACAAUAAUAAUAUAACAGAAACAAAGUUAGCUACUGAUAAUUACGAAACCAACGCUCUUUUGGAUAGCGAACGGGUAGGUAGGAAUAGUAACGUAGGAUUUGACUCGAAAAGCCAUGUUGUAAAUAGUAGUAUAGAAAUUACAUCAACACAUCGACCCCCCAAAGGCGGUAAAUCUGAUUGGUUCGAUUAUACUGAAGUGAGCAAGUGGGUUGAAAAAGGCCAAGAUGAAAAAAAUAUUGAGAAUGAUGAGGUUGAGAAUGCAGAAGAGGGUAGCAAGUCUCUGAAUGAAUUACUAUCACAAGUAGCAGAACUAGACCAGAUUUACGCCGACACCCAGACGAAACUGUUGAAUGCGGCCCUCGAGGGUCAGCCCAUGGACGUUGACGUUUACGACAAUCAAACUUAUACUAGUCUCCAAAUGGCCAUGAAAAAUCCGAUAGAGUUGCUCGAAGUUUCUGAUGCCCCUGAAGAACAAAAAUACGAGGAUGUUGCCUUACCUGCUCAUAGUCCCGUUAUAUCGAUAUCCCCACCGCCUUUAGUUGCAAAGAGAGAAGUCAGGCAUGAAUCAGAUGAAAGACUCCCACCCCUUCCACCAAAAAGAAUUCGGAAAACACCGUCGAUGCCUGUUUUGCCAAUUGCCCCGACCCUCCCACGUCCGUCGUCAACUCAAACUCUUGACGAAUCUUCUGCCACUGUUCAGGCACCUCAGAAGACUUUGCCCUCUCUUCCAGGCACUUUGCCCAAACAAUCAAAACCUGGAAUUUUCUCAAAAUUUUUUGCCAAGAAAGCAAAGAAAGAUAAACCCGAAGGACCAAACAUAGAGGUGCAUGAAACAGGCAGUCAACCUAAUAUAAAUAUAGGUAGCAGUGCAUCUACUCUAUGCAAGGGUAGCUUUAAUGAUAUAUCUCCAUCAAAUAUCCCUCGCCCAAGCAUGACCAGCGUUACUAGCGUAAAAUCUUUACGACUCGACGGCGAUGAGUCCCCACCCUAUGGCAUAGAAUUGACGGAGGCCGAACAUUAUGCUCUGUAUACAGCUAUGGCUCCCCAUGCUACUGCCUCUGAGUUUGAUGAAAUGUCGUUUUAUUACAGCCCAGUAGAAGGGGGUAAGAUUUUGGCGGACAAAAUUGAUACAUAAA